AUGUCCGAACGUACACUUUAUGACAAGGUCUGGGACGCCCAUACGGUGACCACGCUCCCCACCGGGCAAACCCAGCUUUUUAUCGGAUUACAUCUGGUCCACGAAGUGACCACCCCGCAGGCGUUCGACAUGAUGCGGGAACGGGGGCUGUCCAUCGCCUAUCCCCAGCGGACCUUCGCCACCGCCGAUCACAUUGUCCCCACGGACACCCAUGCCCGGCCCUUUGCCGACGAUCAGGCCGAGGCGAUGAUGGCGGCGCUGGAGAAGAACGUCAGCGACUUUGGCAUCGAGUUCUACGGUUUGGGCAGUGACCGGCAGGGCAUCGUUCAUGUCAUCGGUCCGCAGCUCGGUCUGACGCAGCCGGGAAUGACGCUGGCCUGCGGCGACAGCCACACGAGCACCCACGGGGCCUUCGGGACCCUGGCCUUCGGCAUCGGUACCACCCAGGUCCGGGACGUGCUGUCGACCCAGACCCUGUCCAUGGACCGGCUCAACGUCCGGCGCAUCAACGUCAACGGCAGCCUCCCCCUGGGGGUGCACGCCAAGGACGUGAUCCUCACCAUCAUCCGGACCCUCGGAGUCGGCGGCGGCAAGGGGUACGCGUACGAGUACGGCGGCGCGGUGCUGGACCGGAUGAACAUGGAAGAACGCAUGACCGUCUGCAACAUGAGCAUCGAGGGCGGUGCGCUGGUGGGUUACGUCAACCCCGAUCAGACCACCUUCGACUACCUGAUGGGACGGCAGUUCGCGCCCAAGGGGGAAGCCUUUGACCGCGGGGUGGCGUACUGGCGCGCCAUGGCGUCGGAUCCGGACGCGGCCUAUGACGACGUGGUGGACCUCGACGGCUCGGCCAUCGAGCCGACGGUCACCUGGGGCAUCAAUCCCGGACAGGCAGUGGGCGUGCUGGAGAACCUGCCGCGCCCCGAAGAGCUGCAAGACCCCAAGAUCGUCGAGAGGGCCUACGAGCACAUGGGCUGGACGCCGGGCGCGCCGAUUCUCGGGACUUCCAUUGACGUGGCAUUCAUCGGCUCCUGCACCAACUCGCGGUUCUCGGAUCUCGUGGCCGCGGCGCGCGUUGCCAAGGGUAGACAGGUUUCCGCGGGCGUGAGAGCGCUGGUGGUGCCCGGCUCCGUCGAGGUCAAGAAACAGGCGGAGGCGGCGGGGCUCGACCGGGUCUUCACCGAAGCGGGCUUCCAAUGGAGAGAGGCCGGUUGCUCCAUGUGCCUGGCCAUGAACCCCGACAAGCUCAACGGCCGCGAGGUGUGCGCGUCCUCAUCGAACCGAAACUUCAUCGGCCGUCAGGGGAGCCCCGGCGGGCGGACGCUGUUGAUGAGUCCCGCCAUGGUGGCCGCGGCCGCCCUGAACGGCAAGGUCGUGGACGUGCGCGAAUACAACUAA